CAGCUAACUUCAUUUGCAAUGACGUUACAGUUUUGAAAGAUGGCGACCGUAAAGUUUGCAGUAAUUGAUGUAAACGAUUUUUUAUCCAAAAAGCAGGCUGCCGAGCCUGCUUUGGCAGCAGAUUGGGCUAAUUUAGAAGAACUUUACAAUAAAAAAUUAUGGCACCAAAUUACGUUAAAAUUGCAAGACUUCGUAAACCACCCGGCGCUACAAACCGGCGACAGCCUUAUCCAACUGUACAACAACUUUUUAACGACCUUUGAGAACAAAAUCAACCCCCUCUCACUGGUGGAGAUAACCUCACACAUUGUGAAGCAAUUUGACAACAAGAAAGAUGCCAUCGCCUUCCUGGAGAAGGUGGAGAGUAAGGUGAAGAUGAAUGACGAGGCACUGGCCCUCUGCAAGGUGCUUCAAGGAGAGAUCUACCUGGAACAGCUGAACGACCUGGAUGCAACGGAGAAGAUCAUCGAGGAGCUUGAAGGCUCGCUGGAGGACGCUGACGGGGUCACUCCGGUGCAUGGACGGUUCUACAAACUGGCUUCUGAGUACUACAGAGUCCGCGGCCCCAUGGCGCGCUACUACCGCGCGGCGCUGCGCUACGUGGGCUGCGCCGAGGGCGGAGCGCUACUCCCGCUGCAGGAGCGCCGCGCACUAGCGCGCUCGCUGGCCAUAGCCGCUGUCGUCGCCCCUAACGUUUACGAUCUAGGAGAGCUGCUGGCCCACCCGAUCCUGGAGUCGCUGGAGAACACCCCGGACGCGUGGGCGCGGGCGCUGGUGCUGGCCGUGUCCCGCGGCGACGUGCCGGCCUUCGAGGCGCUGCGGGCCUCCGCCCCCGCGCCCGAGCUGCGCCGCGCCGACCAGAGCGUGCGGCAGAAGGUCGCCAUCACCUGCCUCAUGGAGAUGGCAUUCAACCGCACAUCAGCGACCCGCAAGCUUACGUUCGCUGAGAUCGCUCAGGAGGCUCGGGUGCCCCUUAACGAAGUGGAGCUGCUGGUUAUGAAGGCUCUGGCUGAGAAACUCAUCCGGGGACAUAUUGAUCAAGUGAGCUCGACGGUGUCUGUGACGUGGGUGCGGCCCCGCGCCCUGCCGCGCGCCGCCGCCGCCGCGCUGGCCGCCCGGCUAGACACGUGGCGCCUCGCCGCCCGCGCCGCCGCCGACCUGCUGGGCGCGCAGCCCGACCUGCUCACCCUAUAG